UGGUGGGUGCCAUGCAGGUGAGGGGUGCGCGGGUGGCCCUGUGCUGCCUGGCGCUGCUCUGCGAGCUCAGUUUGGGCCAGCACCCUGCCGGGGGUCCGAGCUGCGGCCCCGGCCGCCAUCUGCGUGGGACGGGGACAGACGUGCGCUGCUGCCGCUCCUGCGCCCCAGCCGAGGUCUGUCCUGAGCAGAACUGCACGUGUGUCCAGCCUGAGUUCCACUGUGGAGACCCGCAGUGCAAGAGCUGCCAGCACCACCCCUGCCCGCCCGGCCAGGAGGCACAGCCGCAUGGGAGUUUCCGUUUUGGCUUCAAGUGUGUGGACUGUGCCGCAGGGACCUUCUCUGGGGGCCGCGAGGGCCACUGCAAACCAUGGGCAGACUGCUCCCAGUUUGGGUUUCCCACCGUGUUCCCCGGCAACAAGACACACAAUGCCAUAUGCAGCUCAUGGCCACCGCCCACUGAGCCGCACGGCCCGCUGACCAUCAUCCUUCUCGCGGUGGCUGCCUGCAGCCUAGUCCUGACCGUGGCCCAGCUUGGCCUGCACGUCUGGCAGCUGAGGAGACAGCAAGUGCACCCCCCAGGUCAGUGGUGCCCUGGGGCGGGGGAGGCGGGCGCCGGCCUCUCUGCUGACCACAGCCCCUCUGCAGAGACCCAGCUGCUCCUGGAGGUGCCACCACCGGCUGAGGACUCCUGUAGCUGCCAGUUCCCUGAGGAGGAGCGGGGGGAGCGGCUGUCGGAGGACAAGGGCGGGCUGGGGGACCUGUGGGUGUGAGGCCUGGCCGUCCUCUGGGACAGCAGACCCUGAGCCAGACCCUCCCAGGCGCUCGCCCAGGGCUGACCCUUGGGAGCAAGGACUCUGUGC